AUGGAGUCUCAAAUCACCCUACACCCCCAAAUCGGUGGCGGAGUUCGAGACAAAGAUCCAGCUCCUCCACCAUUUGUCAAAGAACUUCAAGACCAAGUUGAGCAGUUGAAAGCCCAAGUCCAAGCGUUGACAUCAGCUUCUCCUUCACCCCAUGGGUUGCAUGCAAGCUCUAGCCACCAAUCGGAGACCACCGGAGGGUCAACCUACCCCAAUGGGACGUCAGUCCCUCCUCCACCUUCACAACUAGGGGAUCUCUCAUACCUUGAACCUCACCUCCCACCUGACUCCCAAUUUCAUCGCUGA